AUGUCACUCACCAUCAUAACCUACGGCUGCAAAGUCCCCGCCGGGAUCUUCGUCCCCUCCAUGGCAGCCGGCGCCACUUUCGGACGCGCAUUGGGUGUCAUCGCCGACAUGAUCUAUCAAUCCCAUCCUAAUGCCGGAUAUUUCCAAACCUGCCCUCAGGAUGGGAGUCCAUGUAUCAUACCCGGAACAUACGCAUUUCUUGGUGCCGCGGCGGGAUUGUGUGGAAUAACGGAUCUAACUGUAACAGUGGUGAUUAUUAUGUUUGAACUCACGGGAGCGUUGCGAUUUAUUGUGCCGACGAUGAUUGUGGUGGCGGUGACCAAAGGAAUAAAUGACAGAUGGGGCCAUGGUGGGAUUGCGGAACAGAUGAUUAGGUUUAAUGGGUUGCCAUAUAUGGAUUCCAAGGAGGAUUUUGUAUUUGCGGUGACGGUAGAAGCGGCAAUGUCGAAUGUGGUGGUGGCGUUCCUGAGUGAAGAUGAUGAUGCUAAUGGGGGGAUGAGGUUGGGUGAUGUGAGGAAGGUGUUGGCGAAGUGUGAGUAUAAAGGGUUUCCGAUUGUUGUGUCGGGGAGAAAUCCGAAGUUGUAUGGAUUUAUCCCGAGAUAUGAUUUGGAAUAUGUGUUGAAGAGUUAUGGAGGAUAUGAUGAGAAUACCUCCACAUUAAAAUCAUCACUUUCUUCGAGACUACUACAACAACUAAAAUCACGUCUGGUUAAUAGAUCACCAGUUUCGGUUAAUUUAGGAGCUAGUUUGGAGUUUGUGGGUGAUAUUUUCGCAAAAGUAGGGCCCCGGUAUAUUUUGGUUGAAAAAGAUAAUGGAACCUUAGUCGGAAUUAUCACUAAAAAGGACAUCCUCCGAUAUGAAUUCGCCAUGGAACAUGCGGAAACUGGUCAGAAGGAACAAGCACAGAAAUCAAACGAAGAACAAGUUGACGCCAAAAUCUGGGAAUUUAUGGUUGUGAUUGGAACAUCCGCCCGGAAAAACCUAGGCAAACUCUUACACAAUGACGCUAAUCGAUAUAUUACAUAG